UGUGUGGUGUUGGUGGGCUUAAAAAGAGCUCCAGUUCUGGUGAAAGUCGCACGUCUGAAAAACUCAGAGCGAGCGAUUCAGACAGAAUGAUGGGCCUCCUCUCUCUCCUGCUCCUCUUCAGCACAACUCUACUGAUGUCCACUUCUUCUUCUCAUGGUGUGUGUGUAUUCUCUUAUCGUACAUUGUAUCAGAUCGUGUCAGAUUUCACUUAAGAUGCUGUUUGUUUUAGCAUAGGAAGUAAAUUGAUGAUACAAAUUGAUGAUAAUGAUGAUGAUGAUGGUGAUGAUUAUGUUAAAAUCCUUGAAAAUUACGCUUUUUAACUACAAUGUAAAUGGAUGAUUAUGAUGAUGAUGAUGAACAUGAUGAUGAUGAACAUGAUGAUGAUGAUGAUGAACAUGAUGAUGAUGAACAUGAUGAUGAUGAUGAUGAUAACUCUUCUCUCGCUUGUAGCCAGUGGAGCAGCAGCCCUGUGCUGCAUGGAGUUUAAAGGCACUAUGGUGCGCCGUGACCUGGUCAAGCGCUACUACCUACAAGACACAGCCCUGUGUAACAUCAAGGCAGUAACGUAAGUGCUCAUAACCGUUCAAAGGUGUUUAUUUGAGCUGUUGUGAAUGUUUCAAUAGUCAAGCAGUGUACAGUAUAUAAAUGCACUACGGGGGAUAGAAGGCACUAUGAUGCAUUCAUAAUGCAUUACAUACAGGGGCACCGAAUUCAUGGAAAGUGUUAAAGUAUUGAUUGUGUGUCUCUGUUGUGACCAUUCUCGUUAUCCACCCCAGGUUUGUCACAGUGAAAGGUAUACGAAUCUGCUCUGACCCUUCGAACCCCUGGGCACAGAAAACCAUGCAGUACCUGCACAAGAAGAACAAGCCUUACACACCGAAAAAACAUCACAUCACAUCAACUACUACUACUACUACUACGACUACCACCACCGCACAACCAGCAAAAAACAACCCUUACAAAAUAACAUUUUCAGCUCACAACCCAAAAAUUGCAUCUCAAUGGCCAACAACUCUCACCACAAGACAA